AUGCACCGCAGCUGCCUGGCUGAGGGCAUCCCUGCCAUCGCCUCCCGUAACUUCUGGAUCUCAGGCCUGGCCUUCCCCGACUGGGCCUACAAAGCCGAGUCAUCCCCGGGCUCCCGGCAGAUCCAGCUGUGGCACUUCAUCCUGGAGCUGCUGCAGAAGGAGGAGUUCCGCCAUGUCAUCGCCUGGCAGCAGGGAGAGUACGGGGAGUUUGUCAUCAAGGAUCCAGAUGAGGUGGCCCGCCUCUGGGGCCGCAGGAAGUGCAAACCACAGAUGAAUUAUGACAAACUGAGCCGGGCCCUCAGAUAUUACUACAAUAAGAGGAUCCUGCACAAGACCAAAGGCAAAAGGUUCACUUACAAGUUCAACUUCAGCAAGCUCAUCGUAGUCAACUACCCUCUGUGGGAGGUGCGGGCACCGCCAUCCCUCCACUUGCUGCUGGGGACCCCUGCUCUGUUUCGACCAGCCCUGGUGCCCAUGGGUGUACAGAGUGAGCUCCUGCAUAGCAUGCUGUUCACCCAUCGGGCCAUGGCAGAGCAGCUGGCUGGACAGCGGACCCCUCAAGGACCACCAGAGGCCUCCGGGGACAAGAAGGGAAGCGGCAGCACUGUCCACAGACUUGGCUCUGCCCCAGCCCCCUGCCGGCUCAGCCCUUGCUGCCAUUUGGGGAGCCCCCAAGACGAGCCUCCCAGUUUUGCCUCCUUCACCCCUCCCCUGCCACCCCCUGUCCCCUCUGACUGGCCCCACCUCUCAGGGCCUUUUUUGCCCCCUGUCCCCGCAGGGCAGCACUUCCCAGGGUCCUCCAUGCCAGACACCCUGCUCCCAGGACCCGCAGGGGCCCCACUGGCCCGGCAUUUUCCCGGCCUUCCUCUGUUGGCCGGGCUGGCGCAGGGGGCUGGGGAGAGGCUCUGGCUCUCAUGCCUGAGGCCCAAGGGGCUGGAGGUAAAGCCUGAUCCCACGAUGGAUCCCAGGGAGGGCUUCUCCUCAGAGAGGCAGGAACCCUACAUUGUAGAGGAAAGUCCUGUGUCCCCCAAUCUGGAGAACUUCAAAGCAGUGUGGCCCUUGGAUCCUCCUUAA